AUGGCCUUUUGGAAGCCUGGCGCCGAGCGCCCGGCGAGUGCGCUGGACAGGGACGCGUCAGCGCCGGUGUGGCUGCCGAGUGCGGCGCCGCUGCCGGUGCAGGCUGCGCGUUCUCGCAUCCUGUAUGCGCUGGAGCAGUACGCGGUCGUUGUGCUGGUCGGCGAGACGGGCAGUGGCAAGACGACGCAGGUGCCGCAGUACCUGCUUGACGCGGGGUGGGCGCAGGAGCGGCAGAUUGUGUGUGCGCAGCCGCGGCGGAUGGCGGCGACGUCGGUGGCCGCACAUGUGGCGCAGGAGCGGCAGGUGCGCCUGGGUGAGGAGGUCGGUUAUGCGAUCCGCUUUGACGAGCAGGUGCAUCCGACGCGCACGCGGCUGCGGUACACGACGCCUGGCAUGCUGUUUCGCGAGUGCAUGCGGGAUCCGCUGCUGCAUCGAUAUAGCGUCGUGAUGGUCGACGAGGCGCAUGAGCGGGGCGCGUACACGGACCUGCUGCUCGCCGUGCUGAAGAAGAUCCGGCGGCGGCGGCCGGCGCUGCGGAUGAUCGUGGCGAGUGCGACGCUCGAAGCGGAGAGUGUGCUGCGGUACCUGGAUCCUGGUGGGGCGGCUUCUACCGUCGUGGCUAUACAAGGGCGCGCGUACCCCGUCGAGGUGGCGCACACGACGGCGCCGCACGAUGUCGUGGCGGCCUGCGUGCAUACGGUCGUGACGCUGCACGAGACGGCGCCGCCGGGGGAUGUGCUGGUGUUCAUGUCGGGGCAAGACAAGAUUGAGCGCGUGGUGCAGGCGUUGGCGGACCGAGGCGUGUACGCUGUGCCGCUGUAUGCGGCGCUGCCGCCGGAGGAGCAGCGCGUCGCGCUGCGUCCUGGGCCGCCUGGGAAGCGCAAGGUGGUCGUGUCGACGAAUGUGGCAGAGACGAGCGUGACGAUCGAUGGCGUCCGGUACGUCGUCGAUACGGGGUAUACCAAGAUGCGGUACCGGCACACGCUGGCCGAGGUGCGUCUCUCGGCUGCCUCGGCGGCGCAGCGCGCUGGGCGCGCUGGGCGUACGGCGCCGGGUCAGUGCCUGCGCCUGUAUGAUGACGGGGCGCUGCGGGCGAGUGAUCCGCCGGAGCUCGUGCAGUGCGACCUGACGAUGUACGUGCUCCAGCUCAAGGCGCUGGGCGUCGAUCAGAUCGCGCGCUUUGAUUUCAUGCCGCCGGCGCCGCCCGCCGCGCACGUUGCGGAUGCGCUCGCGCACUUGGAGAGUCUGCGAGCGCUGGACGAGGAGGGCCGUCUGACGCUGCUGGGCGAGCGGAUGGCCGAGGCGCCGCUGUCGCCGAUGAUGGCGCGUGCGAUCCUGCACGAUGCGAGCUGUGCGGACGAAAUGCUCACGAUUGCGGCGAUGACGAGCGUCGGCUCGCCGUUUGACGGCAGCGAGUCUGUCGCCGCGCAGAUCGAGCGCCGCAAGUUUGUCGCCGAGGAGGGCGAUCACUUGACGCUGCUCAAUGUGUACGAGGCGUUUCAGCGGGCGGGCGCCUCGUCGCGAUGGGCCGCGCAGCACGGCCUUUCGUACGCGACGCUGAAGCGCGCGCGGUCGAUUCGCGCGCAGCUCGUCGCGUUUGUCACGCGCCAGUGGUCGUGGCCGUGGCGCCGCGCGGGGGACGAGCAGGCCGUGCGGCGAUGCCUCGCGGCCGGCUUUUUUCGGCAGGCGGUGCGGUACGACGGCAGCUGGAAGACGCCGGCGGGAGAGACGCUGUAUGUGCAUCCCUCGUCGGUGCUGUUCACGCGCGCGCCGCCCAUCGGUACGUGGGCCGUGUACGGCGACCUGCUGCACACGACGCAGCCGCAGAUGCGCGAUCUGUGCGUGGUCGACGCGGCCUGGCUGCUCACGCUCGCGCCGCACUAUUAUCAUCGUUCGCUUCACUAA